UGUAGUCACGUUUUUUAAAUUGUGUGUGUAUAUAUAGAGAUAGAUAGAUAGAUAUGGUAGGGUCUGUGUUGCCAUGAGAGAAGCGUGCUAAUGUAAAAAGAAUCGCAGUCGUCAUCUCUCUCUUUCUCUCUCUCUCAUAUAUAAUGUCUAUGUCUUACUGUACUACUUCAGAAAGGAAAACUAUCACAAAUACCUGAAAGACAUACUGCGGCAUCGCUUGGAAUUGGAAGAGGGCUUGAUUAACCCUUUAAAGGAUGCAGCUUUUAGAUCACUCUCCACGCGGUCUGUUGUAGAUAUCCUACUUCGACUCUGUGACUACAGGAUGGAUGCUUAUGAUACUUUUGAUCUUUUGAAGAACUUUGAAGCAGAUAGUUUACGUUUAGCUCCCCUCGGUAAGGACAGGAGUGGUGCCAAUUACUGGUAUUUCUUUGGUACUAGACUAUACAAAGAGGAGCCUCCCCCGCCGCCUGCAAAAGCAGAACAAAGAGAAACACAAAAACUGAAGAAGAGAAUUAUGUAAUUCACUUUUUUUGGCUGCAUCUGCUCUUAAAGAUCAAGUACCGGUAGCUUCAAAUUACAAGUUUGUACUGUCUCCAUAUCUUUCCAUGAUGUUAGCAAUCAUUUGACACCUGUGUUGUUGUUGUUGUUGUUGUUGUUGUUUUUAGUUCUAGUUGUCUACUGCCACAUAUAUAACCCAGGCUAGAUUGAUCAAGGCAGCUGUGCACUGCAUGGCACUGCUCUUACUUACACCUAAUAUAAAAAGUUUGAUCAUCUGUUUUUAGGAAACAAAAGAAGCUCAAGAAAGCAGAUAAAGAGUUGAGGAAGUCUAUUUCUUUGUAUGGAAAGUCUAGUAGCAAAAAGGGAAAAGCAAGCUAUACAAAAGAGAAAAAGAAGAAACAUGAAAAAGAGUCCUACAGCAAAUCAAAGCUGAGGUAUUGUUAAUAAGGAAACAUAGUUAAUAUAGUUAUGUAUAUUCAGUAAUGGAAAGGAUAAUAGUUCACACACACACACACACACACACACACGCACACACUUUCAAGACCCAAAACUCAUGUAUUAACUAGAAAAAUAAAAUGUAAAAGAUAAUCUCAAAUUAUUGUUUCUAAAGUUUUGCAUUAUUGCUGUUUUAUCCUAAUUUUAUAGUGUUUUUUAAUCUUAGAAAACAAGCUGUUAAAAAUGAAGAUUUUAAAGAACUUGAAGAAAAGCACCCCAAUUUUGAAAAAAGCGUAUCCAAAUGGAACACUUACUUUGAGCAGAGAGGUGCCUGGUCACUUGUAUGUGAAACACUGGAGGAAUGGCGAAGUCUGACCGAUCGAUUUAAGGAGAGCAAGUUUCUUAAAGAACGCAAGCUGUACACAAUUCUUGUUGAGAACUUAAUUCCUAAGAUUGGAAAUCUUAUUGUGCAGAAGAAAAAGAAGCAGUUACAGUCCUUGCCAAGGAGGUCAUCUGAACGUAUUCUGAAGAAGCAAGAACUAGGCGAAAAGCAGAACCUGAUAUCAGGAAUGCCAGAGGUAAUAAGAAAUGAUAAUGUUUCUGAAGAACAUCACUUGAUUACUGCAGAAAAAGAGACUGAGAUUCAGGAAAGGAAUCAAGCAAGGGAAGCGAGAGCAAAGAGGCAGCAGUCAAGGGAAGAAAGAGCCCUGCUGAUGUCAAGGGGGAUUGUAAAAAUAACUCCCCCAGAUAAACAAGAAGAAAAAAAUGAGCACAAAAUCAGCAGACAGUAUUUAGAUGAUGAAGAAUACACAUCUAUGUUUAAAGUUUUAGAAGCAGUGAAAAUCCACAAAGACUCUUGGCCAUUUUGUGAUCCAGUGGACGAACACGAUGCUCCAGACUAUUAUAACCAAAUUCAGACACCAAUGGAUCUUACUACCAUUGAGGAUAAAUUAAUCAAGAACAGAUACAAAACAACAGAGGACUUUGUGGCAGAUUUUAGUCUUAUUAUUAAAAACUGUGUUGAGUACAACGGAAAAGGAAAUGAGUAUAGCUUGAUGGCGAGAACAUUAGAACAGUGCUUUCACAAAGCCAUGAGAAAAUACUUCCCUGAGGAGAAAUCUGAAAGUGACGAAGAGGAGUUCACUCUGGAGGGGAAAAAGGAAAAGAGAAAAAGACUCUCGUCUCACUAUGGGAAAAUGGCUGCUGAACAUUUCAUGACACCACUCAAUAAUUUUGACUGCAGUUCCGGUGGCUCCCAGCUUCUUACUAAACAGGCGCCAGGCACUGUGUGGUAUUCUUCAGGGGUUACAGGGUGCCGCACACAACAGCAGGCAAGGAUGGGUUCUGAUUCUUUUGAACUUAAACUGUGGUAA